AGCAACUGCGCCUGCGUGAGAUGCGCCGGAAGCCGGUGGCCCGUGGAUAAGACUCUGGGCGGCCCCGCGCUUGGCCCUUUUCCGCCUGAGCCAGCGGAGGGGAGCGAGUAGCCUCCAUAAUGACAGACUGGGAGACAGCCCCUGCUGUGGCAGAGACCCCUGACAUCAAGCUGUUUGGGAAAUGGAGCACAGAUGAUGUGCAGAUCAGUGACAUCUCCUUGCAGGAUUACAUUGCCGUGAAGGAGAAGUAUGCCAAGUACUUGCCUCACAGCGCUGGCCGCUAUGCCGCCAAGCGCUUCCGCAAAGCUCAAUGCCCCAUUGUGGAGCGCCUCACCAACUCCAUGAUGAUGCACGGGCGCAAUAAUGGCAAGAAGCUCAUGACUGUGCGCAUCAUCAAGCAUGCCUUUGAGAUCAUCCAUUUGCUCACAGGAGAGAACCCCCUGCAAGUCCUGGUGAAUGCCAUCAUCAACAGUGGCCCUCGUGAAGAUUCGACCCGCAUUGGUCGUGCUGGUACCGUGAGGAGGCAAGCUGUUGACGUGUCACCGCUGCGCCGUGUGAACCAGGCUAUCUGGCUACUGUGCACUGGGGCCCGCGAAGCUGCCUUCCGCAACAUCAAGACUAUAGCCGAGUGCCUCGCCGAUGAGCUGAUCAAUGCAGCCAAGGGUUCCUCCAAUUCCUACGCCAUCAAGAAGAAGGACGAGCUGGAGCGUGUGGCCAAGUCCAACCGUUAGAACUGUUGCUGGAGGUCCAAAGAAAAUAAACUCAUUUUCAUACUGUU